AUGAAGUGGCUUGGGAUCCUCGGGCUGGUGGCCCUCUCAGAGUGCCUAGUCAUAAUCCCUCUAACGAAGAUCAAGAACAUGCAAGAAAGCCUCAGUGUUAAAGACCUGCUGACGAGGUUCCUGAAGAAGAGCACUGAUGAAAGGUCCAACUAUUACUAUUAUUUCCCGAGUAUUUCUCGCCGACCCCUGAGGAACCACCUGGAUGCCUACGUUGGCGAUAUCACCAUAGGAACACCCCCUCAGGAGUUCAGGGUCGUCUUUGACACCGGCUCAUCUGACUUGUGGGUGCCCUCCAUCCUGUGCUCCAGUCCUGCCUGCCGUACACGCAAGCUCUUCAACUUUCACUCAUCCACCACCUUCCGGAUCUCAGGCCGGCCCGUCGACCUCAUCUAUGGCUCUGGGAGAAUGGUUGGAUUUCUUGGCUAUGACACCGUUCAGAUCGGGGACCUUGUGGACAUUUUCCAGCCAUUUGGCCUGAGCCAGUAUCAGUUUGGGAUGGAGCAUUCAUUCUUUGAUGGCAUCCUGGGCCUGGGCUACCCGAGCCUUGCCCUCCGAGGGACCACCCCCGUCUUCGACAACCUGCUAAAAAGAAGGGUCAUUACGGAGCCUGUCUUUGCCUUCUACUUGAGCAAGAGCCUCCCUCUUCCUUCUCUCCUCAGCCAGGACAAUGGCAGCAUGGUGAUGUUCGGUGGGGUGGACCACAGCUACCACAAAGGACAGCUCCAGUGGAUACCAGUGUCCCAAACACGCUACUGGCAGAUAACCAUGAACCGCAUCACCAUAGACGGGCUAGAUGUUGGUUGUUUGCACAACUGCCAGGCCAUUGUGGAUACCGGGACGGCAAUGCUGCUUGGCCCAACUAGACUGGUCACCACCAUCCAGAUACUCAUCGGCGCCUGGCCUAUAGGCGAUGAGUACGUGGUUGUAUGUAGCUCCGUCACACAAUUGCCUAAUAUCACCUUCACCAUCGACGGUAAAGACUACCCAGUGCCCCCUCAAGCCUACAUCGGAGAGGAUCAUCAGGGGCUCUGCCUCAGCAACUUUGGAGGGGGCACAGAGAACUUGAAACAGUCAGAGACCUGGAUCCUGGGUGACGCCUUCCUGAGACUGUAUUACUCAGUUUACGAUCGGGGAAACAACAGGAUUGGCCUGGCUCCCGCAGUGUAA